AUGCCCCCAUGGGAUGACAAUGCCCCCAUCCACAGGGCACAAAAUGAGUUCAAGCCCAAGAACAUCAAGAAGAAGAAGAAGCGGAGUAUUAUCAUGUCUGUGGACGAAAACAGAAGGGAUGAGAUGCAGAGAACCCAGAACCAGGUGAACAACUUGCAGCAGUCAAUGAACCACAUGCAUGAGCAGCUGAAUUCCAUGUGGAAGCAGUUUACUGAGUUGCAGAGUGCCCUCUCUCAGCUCCUUGAUGACAACAUGCCUGUGGCACCUGAAGCGGAGGGGAUCCAACCGAAAAACAUCACCCCUGCACAGCGGGACGGAAUCCUCCCGAUAGGAAUCAUCCAGAGGGAGGAUCCCAACAAGAACCAAUCAUUCCAACAAGGCAUCAUCCCAAUAAAAAACAAUGGAAUGGAACAGAUGGAAUUUCAUGGACCACCUACACCUCCCAUCAUCCCCAUAGUGGGAUCCUGGGAUGCUGGAUUGAAUGCUCCACGUUGUGGAGAUUUCUAUGCCAGGAGAAAAGAUAUCCGGAGUAGAUAUGUGGCGGAUCCUGCUUUAAUGACCAUCACCAAGCCAGAACAUUUCGAGGCCAACCCUCAGAGCCAGGCCGGCAGUUGGCCGGUGGCUAAACCUCAGUACCCAGCAACCCAAUUGGAGGAAUCUGAUGUUUCAGCCCCCACUUCCAGCAGGUCUUUCCCAUGCAGCCUGACAUCCAGCCCCAGCCCUAGCAGAAUCAUAAGCAGCAGUGAGGCCUACGCCAGCCUAGACAGCUGGAGCUCCGGGGAGGUCUGCCUGCUCAGCAGCUCCAUCAAGAAGCACAGCCAGGAGGCCUUCCAGGCCAGACUCAACAGCUCCAGCUCAGCCAGAGGGCCUUACAGCAGAGCUCGUCCCCACGGAGUCCAGGGAGGGCCGUGCAGCCUCGUGGAGCUGCAUGAGGGGGCAGAACAGAAAAAGAUCGAAGCCAAACUCAAGUUCUCAAACUUCCUGGACGACGUCGGUGGCAGAGUGCUCGUCCCAGGCAGCCUGGAGGCCUUCCAGAAACUACCGCCUCCCCCUCCUCCCCAGAGAUCCAGCUCCCUCAGCCCCAGAAACUGCCCCAGCACCACCACAGGGUCGGGAGACGACGUGAUCCAAGUGGAGUACCGGUGGAGGAGCAGUCUGCCCUGCUCAGCGUCACUGCAGCGGGGCAGGAUGCAGGAGGAGCAGGGUCCCAUAGAAAUGCCUGUGGGGAAAGCUUACCUGGAGACGGACAUUGACAGUGUCCGGAGGGAGGAUGAGCUGAAGGACAUUAAGAUCAAGAACGAGAACACAUUGUCAACUCUGGAGAGGGAGAGGAAAAUGGGUGUGGUUCCUGAUGAGCAGAUGAACACCAUAAGCUCUUUGCAGGAGCAGAAGGAGGACCUCCGGAAGCGUCUGUCCUACACCACCCACAAGCUGGAGCUGCUAGAGAGCGAGUUUGACUCCACCCGCCAGUACCUGGAGACAGAGCUACGCCGCGCCCAGGAGGAACUCGACAAGUUCACCGACAAACUACGCAGAAUACAAAGCAGCUACUCAGCACUGCAGAGGAUCAACCAGGACCUGGAGGAUAAGAUCCAUAGAAAUUCUCAGCACCAUGACGACGAGAAGAGAGCCCUGAGCAGAGAGAUCAUCGUGCUCAACAACCACCUGAUGGAAGCCAAGCUGACCAUUGAGAAACUGAGGGAGGACAAUGAUCUGUACAGGAAGGACUGUAACCUGGCUGCCCAGCUGCUCCAGUGCAACAAGUCCCACUACAGGACUCAGCUUUCUGAGUUGCCUGCUGAAUUCCAGGAACGCGUGACCAUGCACAUGGAGGGCACACCUCUUUGCCACACUGCCUAUGCCGAUUCCGUCCCUGCCUCCGUCAUCGCCAAGGUGCUGGAGAAGCCCGACGAGGCCUGCAGUGGCAGCCAAGCCUCUAGCUCGCCUAGCCCCCAGCUCCAGGACCAAGGCUUCCUCCUGGACACCCUGGACAGAGGUGAGCGCCUUGGCCUCCGGGCAGCCUACAAGUCAGACCUGUACAGCAGCGACACAGCUCUGUACUGCCCGGUUGAUCAGAACCGUGAGCGCAGGCCAAGCAUGGACCUCCAUGGCCAGAGAAAGCUGGUCUACGGGCCCCAGAACUCCACAGAUAGUAACCCAGAGGAGGGUCCCUUGUUGGGGCUGAGGUCUGGCUUCUCCCAGGAGUGCUUUGCCAAGUUCCCCACCUCUCUGGGCCCCACCUCAGGCAGCUCCUACUCCAGCUUCAGCGGAGGGGGCUCGGACGACAAGGGCAACGGCCCACCGAGCAGCACGGCCUCCUCUCCCCACCACCACUCCCUCUACAUGGACUGGAGGAAUGGGGGAGACUAUGAGAGGAAGAGUGACUCCUCCUGGGAGAGGGACAGUCCUGGCGGGGGCGGCUUCGCCAAGGUCCACGCUGUCUUCCAGCAGGCCGGCGGAGCACACCACCAGAACGGCAGCUCACCUGUCUACAGCCGCACCAUGUCCUCGUGCUUCAGCGAGCCCUACGAACCCCUCCCUCCUUCCUCCUCGCCAAGCGUCGUCUAUGGAGACAGCCGCCGCGGCAGUACACUGGCGCCUGAGGAGGAGGAGCUGAUUGGCCGCUGGAGGCAGCUGAGUGUGGAGGACCUAAGCGCCCACUCGUACCACUCGCCCGGCCGGGCCUCGCCCUACAGCUUCUCCGAGCAGCACUUCUCCGUUCGGCCCGCCAAGAUCCGCCUGGGACCCCUCUACAGCAGCUUCCAGGAAGGGGCAGACUUCUACCAGGCAGGGGUAGGACCCAUCAUGGAAACCCCGGUGUGCUUCUCCACGCCCAGCCCCCAGUGUAGCCCUGUGGGGGGACUCCGUCAGUCCCAUCCGUCCCACAGCCAGCAGGCCCACCAGACCCAUCUCUACCGGGGAAAGGAGGACAGCCAGGAGUCAGAGCACAGCCUCUACCACUCAGCAAGCUCCAAUGACAGGGAGGGCAGUGUCGGUGUAGCAGGGGCCGGGGGAGGAGGUGGAGGGCAGAACAAGGAGUACCAGGACGUCAGCCCAAACAGCUCCACUGAGUCCCUAAACCAAAGGUCCCUGGAGAUGGCUGCCGAGCUGCAGCAGCACUACCAGACCGAGAUGCAGCAUCCAUCGCCCCCCCAGGGCAGUCCACCACCGCCCCCGCUACCACCUUGUCCCCCUCCCCCGCAAUACCAAACAUUUGGCACGUUAGGACUCUCCAGAAAGGACAGUCUCACCAAAGCCCAGCUGUAUGGAACACUUCUGAACUGA